AGAGGAAGUAUAAACAUUGACGUCUAUAUACUGUAGCAUACAGGAUACUAGUAACAGUAAUUGAAUAUCAAAACCAACUUAUCUCAUUUGUCAUAGAGAUGUUAAGAUGUGGAAAUUUAUGAUCAAAUUAGUAUAUAUGGUGUUAUGGGCUGGCUUUAGACUCGUAAACUGCACAGAUUAUUUUAUCAAAAGUAAAUAUUGUUAUGGGGAAAUAGAAUCCUUUAUAGGAGAUCGACGCAGUUGUGAAUUUCAGAUUUCUGGUUUUUCUUAUUUCACAGUUCUAGAUUCUAAUUUCUCAUCAUGUAACACAACUUGUGGAAUUAUCAUUUCACUAGAAAACAAAUGGCACAGUGCCAAUAUUCACAAUUUCAGUGUCUCCCAAGUAUAUGCAACAUUUGCUGGCGACAUUGAUAGAAACCAGUUUAAAAUAAAGCAUUAUUCUUGUGGAGCUGAAUUCAUCUAUAAUCAGAAAGCAGAGAUGUACUUACUGUGUGGCUUUAGGAAAGGGAAAAAGUUUCUUGGUGACGCAUGCCAAACAAACGAGGAUUGUAACGGAACUCCAAACGGUGGAAUUUGUAGACACCCAGAAAAUUUAUAUAAACGUGGGAAGUGUCAUUGUAAUGAUGACUUUACUGAGUUUGGAAAUCGAUGUCUACAAGAAAAUAGACGCCUUCAUGAACAUUGUGAAGAAGACGUCCAAUGUAAUGGAACGGAGCACGCAUCAAAAUGUUCCUUAAACGUUUGCAUAUGUGAAGAAGACUUCAUCGACUUUCAGAAUGAAUGUCUAAAUUAUUCUGUGGGACUUGGUGACGAAUGUAAACUCAAUGCACAAUGCCUUAACAAUGGACUACUUACCCAUUGUUCUCCAAAAAAGCUUCAGAAUGUCUGUUCCUGUAUGGAUCCAUAUAUAAAAUUUGAUCAACAAUGCAUUUUAGGUAAUCUCUCAAUCGGUGCACCAUGCAAGCAUCACAUCCAAUGUUAUAAUUCUGACAAUGACACACACUGCUCAACGGAAGGGAUAUGUUCUUGCAUACAAGGAAGACCUUGGAAUGGUUCAUGUUUAAAGGUGGGGAAAUUUCUCCAAGAAUCUUGUUUUCUUGACGAACAAUGCACAGGAACAGAGAAUGCCUUUAAAUGUCAAAGUGGAGUAUGUGGAUGUAAAAAAGGAUACUUUAGAAAGGAUAAUACUUGUAUAGAAGUGAAUAAAAUAGAUUACAAAUCGUUUGUGCUCGGGAGUGGAGGGUUUCUUCUCGGUGUCUUUUCUACAGUGAUCGUUUUUGCAUCUUUUCGUAAAGGAGGGUUUGCAAGGAGAGAAAAUCAAAGAUCUGUCAUCCGACUUACCUCAGAUACCAGAAAUGACGUCAACCAAUACUCUUAUGUCGAGCACAGAGACAUCAGAAAUCAAAUCGAACUAUCAUCAUACAAUCCCGAACAUCAAAAUAUCCAAACGGAAAAUGAUACAUACAAUCACCUGCACGAGGAACGACAAAACAUUUCAGAAAACGAUUAUGGCUUUUUUCAUUCAAAAUAAAGGAUUCUCUACCAAAGAGGCACAAAAGUGAUAAAUAAUAAGCAAUUUUUAACUCUUUGUGAUUUUUAGUUUACAGUUUUUUCAAUGCUAGUGAUUUAAGGUUUGUAAAUAAUAUUUU